CAGGUGGACACUUAGAGAAAUAUCGCCUCAACCAAUGCGAAGUAUUUUGGGAACUUUGAUAUCUUUGAACGGAAAUCGUUCCAAGUUCUCUUCACAUCUACGAGUAAUAACACAAUGGGUCCCACCCACUGUUUUAUUUCUUGUAAUUUUACCACUCUUGCGCUAAACAACGGCGCUCACCCUUCUUCUUCUUCUUCUUCUCUCUAAAACAUGAAAAACUAUUGAGAAUUACAAGUACAAAUUCCCUUCUCUUUCUAAAAUGUACUCAUCUCCUUUGUUUUGUCUAAAUGCCCUUCAUUCCCGGUUCAUAUUUCGAAUAUGAAACCACCCCCUUCAUCUUCUCUAACUGGCACCGGUUCACGCGUUGCGAGGUGCCCGCUUCCACCUUCUCUCUCACUUUUUUUCUUUUUAGCAGCAGCUGUAUCAGACGAGAGAGAAAGAUCCAUUUAGCAAGAUCAUUCAGAUUCUGGGUUUUCUCAUAAUCCAAGUUGUACUCAUUGAACAUAAAGAUCGUGGGGGUUGUGGUCAAGCUUGAAUCUUAGAGAAAGUAACAUGAGGAAGAACAACAAAGAUCAUAAUAAUCUAAUUUGGGAUUUUGAUUGCUUAAUAUUUAAUGGAGGAGGAACCCUAUAUCAUUCAUAUUGGUGAAUGUUGAUCCGCAGCAAAACAUUGGUUUUAGUUUCGUGUAAUUGAUUGAUUGAGGGUUUUGGUUUUGUUUGAGGGGUAUAAUUAAUAAUAGUAAUCAUAAAUAAUGUUGAGACCACUGGCUGCUGCUCUCUUCUUUUCUGCUCUGUUGAUAUCAGCUUCUGCCUCUGACAAUGGCUACCCAAGAUGUAAUUGUGAGGAUGAAGGGUUCUGGAGUGUUGAGAGCAUUCUAGAAUGCCAAAGGGUGAGUGAUUUCUUGAUUGCUGUUGCCUAUUUUUCGAUCCCUAUUGAGCUGCUUUACUUUGUUAGCUGUUCAAAUGUUCCUUUUAAAUGGGUUCUCUUUCAAUUCAUAGCCUUCAUUGUUCUUUGUGGGAUGACCCAUUUACUUAAUGGUUGGACUUAUGGUCCUCACGCCUUUCAACUCGCCGUAGCUCUCACCACUUUUAAGUUUUUAACCGCUCUCGUCUCUUGUGCUACUGCCAUUACCCUUAUCACCCUCAUCCCUUUGCUUCUCAAAGUCAAGGUCAGAGAAUUCAUGUUAAAGAAGAAGACUUGGGAUUUGGGUAGGGAGGUUGGGAUGAUUAAGAAACAAAGUGAAGCUGGAUGGCAUGUUAGGAUGCUUACUCAUGAGAUUCGCAAGUCCUUAGAUAGGCAUACAAUCUUGCACACAACUAUGGUUGAGCUCUCUAAAACCUUGGAUUUGCUUACUUGUGCUGUUUGGAUGCCCAAUGAGAAUAGGACUGAGAUCAUUUUGACUCAUGGUUUAAAAGGAAGGAAUUUUCAGAGUUUCAGCAACUGCAGAGUUCCCUAUGCUGAUCCUGAUGUCAGAAAAAUCAAGGAGAGUAAUGAGGUUCAGAUACUCAGACCAGAUUCAGCUCUUGGUGUUGCCAGUAGCGGUGGGUUGGAAAAUUAUGGUGGUGUGGCUGCAAUACGUAUGCCGAUGCUCAAGGUCUCAAAUUUCAAAGGAGGAACCCCUGAGCUGAUGCAGGCUUGCUAUGCUAUAUUAGUCUUGGUUCUCCCUUGUGGGCAACAGAGAUCUUGGACCAACCAAGAGCUUGAGAUUAUCAUGGUGGUUGCUGAUCAAGUUGCUGUGGCUAUCUCUCAUGCUGCCAUCUUAGAGGAAUCACAGCUCAUGAGAGAUCAAUUGGCAGAGCAGAAUCGCGCGCUGCAGCAGGCACAACGAAACGCAUUGAUGGCAAGUCAAGCGAGGAACUCGUUUCAGAGAGUUAUGAGCCAUGGGAUGAGAAAGCCAAUGCACUCAGUCUUGGGGUUGCUUUCAGUUCUAAAAGAUGAGAAUUUAAGCAGUGAACAGAAACUUAUUGUUGACACAAUGAUGAAGACAGGGAAUGUCCUUUCUCUUUUGAUCAAUGAUGUCAUGGACGAUUCACCAAAAGAGAGUGGAAGAUUUCCAUCAGAUUUUAGAUCAUUUGGGCUCCGUGCCUUGGUAACUGAAGCUGGUUGCUUUGCUAAGUGCUUGUGUGUUCAAAAAGGUUUUGGCUUUAGUAUUGAAGUUGACAGAUCCUUGCCCGAUCAAGUAUUGGGUGAUGAAAAAAGGGUAUUUCAGGUGAUCUUGCAUAUGAUUGGUAACUUGGUGGAGAACAAUACCGGUGGUGGGUCUUUGUUUUUUCGGGUCUACUCUCAACAUGGAAGUCAGGGAAGGAAUGAUCAAAGAUGGGCAACAUGGCGAUCAGGCUCUUCUGAUGGAUAUGUUUAUAUCCGAUUUGAAGUUGAGAUAACCAAUAAUGCUAUCUUCUCAGAUGAUUCAGUGUUGGCUUCAAACUACAGUGGUCCGAGAUGCAGCAGUGAGAUUGUGGACCGGGACCUGAGUUUCAGCGUUUGCCAGAAGCUAGUCCAGCUGAUGCAAGGAAAUAUAUGGGUAGUUCCAAAUCCACAGGGUUUUCCUCAAAGUAUGGCACUGGUACUACGUUUCCAGCUACGUCCAUCAAUUGGAAUAACAAUCUCAGAAUCAGGAGAACCAUCAUCAGAUAACUCCUCCUCCAACUUUACUUUAAAGGGACUUCAAAUACUAUUAGCAGAUGAUGAUGACAUCAACAGGGCAGUGACCAAAAAGUUGCUGGAGAAGUUAGGUUGUUCUGUUACUGGCGUAUCAUCGGGUUUAGAGUGUGUUAAUGUACUUGGGUCAUCCAGCUCAGUUUACCAAAUAGUACUCGUGGAGCUUGAUAUGCGUGAGCUUGACGGGUUUGAAGUUGCAACACGGAUCUGUAAACUCAGGAGCAGAAGUCGCAGCUGGCCUUUGAUCAUUGCUUUAACGGCGGCUACUGAUGAUGAUCAAUUCUGGGACAAGUUCAAACAGGUUGGGAUUAGCGGGGUUAUCAAAAAACCUGUUCUUUUACAGGAGAUGAUCGAUGAGGUCCGAAGAGUAAUUAGUGCAGCCAAAUAAUGUGAUCUUAUUGGGAUGCAAAAUUUAUUUAUAGUUUUGUCGAUUCAAAGGGGUAUAUGAAUUUGAUUUCUCUUAUACACAGGUUAAUUAAUAGGUAGAGGAGAGUAUUUCUGUUAUGUUGGUACUAAUAGAUUAAAAUUAGAGGAAUUAAUUAGCAGAAUUAGGAGACUGCUGUAAAGUGUAAAUCUACAUUGAAACACAGAUUCAUGGAGGAAAAUGCAGUUAUACAUUGAUGUUA